ACAUUUCUAAGCAAGGUCACAAACCCGCCAAAGUCCUAAACACACACUUGUUGUUGUUGUUGUUGUUGUUGUUCUGUUGUCAAGAAUGUCAGGGGUGUGGCUUUUCAGGGACGGUGUGGUGAGGAGGGUGGAGAACCCUGGAGCUGAGGAUGGAAGCAGCAGGCAAGGGUCGAGUUCAAGGCGCAAGGUGCUGGUUCACACAGCAAGCAAUGAGGUCAUAACCUCUUAUGCGGUACUAGAGCGCAAGCUGAACUCACUUGGGUGGGAACGCUAUUAUGAUGACCCUGAACUGCUUCAGUUCCACAAACGCUCCACCGUGCACCUCAUCUCACUCCCAAUGGAUUUCAACAAGUUAAAGCCCAUGCACAUGUACGACAUAGUGGUCAAGAACAAGAACGUUUUCGAAGUUAAGGACAUGUAGGAAUCUACCGCCAACAAAACAAACCCCUGCAUGCCCUUCCUUCGGGCAGGGCACCCUGCUGCUGUGUUGAGUCUUGAGUGUCACUGUUUGUGUAUUACUGAUUCAACUCUUACAGAGGAAAUCAACCAUAUAUGAUGACUUCGGUUUUUGGGCGGUCUACCAUCCUAGCCGAGUAGAAUCGGUAGAUCCUGACUUAACACAACACAAGGGUGGUUAAACGGCUCUUUCACCAGUUUGGGACUCUUCCCAUUUAAAUGUACGAAAUUGGUACGUGGGUGGGAGUAAUUACGUUUUGGGGUCAGUAAAUGCCGCGGGGGACUGCCAUCGUAUCUAAAUUACGCCCAGAGAGCCCCGCGGCAGUAAUGUGAAUUUUUUUUUUUUAUUUCUCGUUAGACAGUGCCGCCCAUCCUCCCCCACGGCACUCAAAUACGUUAUUUUAAUUAAAUAAGUGCCGCCCACCCCCCCAUACGGCACUAAUAUAAUAUUUAUAUUUUUACUAUGUAAGUGCCGCCCAUCCCCCGUUACGGCACUUAUUUUAAUUUUUGCAAACCUAAAAUUUGUAUCCGUUCUGUGAACAAUUGCGAAAUAAACGAAACACUUGUAGAACGAGAAGAACGUUUUCCCCAAUUUGUGGUCGGCGAGCAGGAGGAGAUCGAGAAGAACGUUGUCCCCCAAUUUGUCAUUGUCGGCGAGCUGUGUGUUGUGGUCGGCGAGCAGGAGGAGAUCGAGAAGAACGUUGUCCCCCAAUUUGUCCUUGUCGGCGAGCUGUGUGUAGAACAAGAAGAACACUUACAGGUUGAUUUCAUCAUCACAGAGACACCAUUGACAAGGUUCUCCUCCGAUCUGUUGGUGCCUCUGUACAACUUCGUUCAUUCCACCACCGCUCCGCCAUCGUUGGUCGGAACCAUUGUUCAUCGGAGCCACAUUCGCCGUCAACCACCAGAUCCUCUAUCACCUCGGAUUUGGGUUUACAAGAAAAGCGUUUUUGACUUCAAAAGCAGAGUAGUGGUCUCUAUCACAGAUUCACAGUUUUAAAUAACAGACCUCACCCACAGUGAUGGCAUUUGAUGAUUCAUAUGAGAGACAUCUUCAUCCCGGUCCUCGCUUCAAUUCGAUAUUAUGCAUGCAAUCUAUACACCGGUCAGAGGUUGUCUGGACGGAGGAAGAGGAUUAUAAAUCUCUAAAUGUCAGAAGUGGACGAUUGGCAGGGUUGGAUGUUAUUCCAGAGCCCAUUGUUCCUUAUUUAUGUCGUGCUGGCUUUCUUGGCGCUGCUCGGAUG